AACACACGCCACUCCAUCUCCGGCAUCAUUCACGAAGAACCAUACAUCAUUCACCCAUCCAAAACACCAGCAACGGCAAUCCCCUAAACAUCAUGGGUAACGACGGAGGCUCCAUCCCCAAGCGACGCGAGCUCGUCAAAGAAGCAGCGCGCAACCCGACAGUAAGCGAGCUCAAAGCGACCGUCUUCGAAUCGCUUAACCACGCCUGGACCCACGAUCCCAUCUCGUCCGAGCCUAUCGACCUCGAAACCGUUGUGUCUGACUGGCGCGGCCGUCUUUACAACUACGAAUCCAUCCUCAAGGGACUUAUGCCCGGUAGUAGCGAUGACCACUCCUCCGAAACCAAACAUGACAACAACGACAGCGGCAACGGUGAGUCGGCAACGCCAACCAUCUUCGCGACCGAGCUAAGCUUCGCCUCCACCGGCAUCAAAUCCCUUCGCGACGUGGUCAAGCUCAAGUUCAAGCGGUACACGCCGCCAAACGGGGGUGGCAAUACAAAAAAAGAGAAGGAAAUCUUUGCGUGCCCUGUCACGCUGAAAGAGCUGGGAGCAUCGACAAAAUCCGUCUAUCUGGUUCCUUGCGGCCACGUCUUUGCGGAGAUGGCCAUACAGAUGAUUACAGAGGAGGUAUGCCCAGAGUGCAGCGAACCGUUCAAGUCGGAGGACGUUAUCCCCAUUCUACCGACGGACAAGGCGGAUAUUCAACGGCUAUCGAAGCGGAUGGAAGAGCUCAAAGCAAAAGGCCUGACGCACAGCCUGAAAAAGGACAAGAGCGCGAGCAAGGAGAAGAAAAAGAACAAGCGCACGGCGGAGGAGGCCGAUGGGGACGCUGACAAGGAGAAGGAGACCAAGAAGGCCAAGAAGAGUACUUCUGAUAGUAUCUCUAGCCGGGUGAGUGGCAUCAACAAUGCCGCGACGGCUGCUCUCACUGCUAGGGUAUUAGCGGAUCAGGAUGAAGCCAUGAAGCGACGUAAACUAGCUGCGGCUGGACUUUUAUGACGGGACGCUUGCAGCAAGCCUCGAUUAGCCAUGUUUACUUUCUAGUUUAUCGUCGCAGUUUAAAAGAUACCAAUCGAUUUUGUAUGAUUCUCUUUCUAAAGCACCUCGCAGGCUUGCUUGACCCAAAACGACCUACAUACAGACCAACAGAUACAUACGUAUAGACAACCAGAAAACAGAUUUUCACCAACUCUACAACAUCAUCAACAACGGUCCUGUGACCCUACUCCCCUUCAUCCCCUCCUCAAAGCUCAUCAUGCUU